GAUAUCGAUAUCUCGCGAGACUCUAACUUGGCGUGAACAGACGUGACUUCGCGGUUAGCAACAAAGUUUUGCAACUUUUCUGCAAAGUCUUGCCUCAUUUUCUCCGCGACCGCGCGAAUAGAAUAAAAGCAAGAUGUUACAACAAUAACCAAGAUUUCUAAGACUCCCAGUCACAGGUGAUGGUGUGUCAUCAUGCCUGGGAAGAAGAAAGGAAAAGGAAAGAAGGGGAAAGGAAAAGGGAAGAAAGGAAAGAAGGGAAAGAAGAAGGACAAGAAUUCUGCACUGAGAGGAGAGCCUGGGGCAGCAGUAAAGUCUGUGCUGCGUGUUUAUGAUGAGAACUGCGCCCGUACGGCGUCCCUGCCGUGUGUCGGACUCAGGAGGAAACUCAAGGCCAGCUAUGAGGACAACAUCCUAUUGGAGAAGUUCCUAUUGGAGGGUUACGAGGACCCGCCCCUGGACCAGCCACCAAUGAUGGUGGAGCCGCUGCUGGACGCGCUUCGGUCAGAGCGAUACGUUUUCAUCAAGGAGCUGUCGGUUUGGGACGUUCCACUGAAACAUGAGAACGUCGCGUCUGUGGCCUUGCUGCUGGAGAAGCAGGUGUACCCCGUGCGGCAGCUGGAGCUGUUGGAUUGUGGGAUUGAGAGUUACCCCGUGACCCGGCUGGCCAGGUCCUUCCCAGCUCACCCCUUCCUGUCCACCAUCAUUCUCGACUAUAACGAGAUAGGCGAUGACGGCUGCCAUGGCCUGUGUGCCGGCCUCUCUAAAAACGUCCUGAUCCAAACCGUGAGCCUGAACUUCUGCGGACUGGAGGUGGAAAGUGGAAGGAUCCUUGCAGAGAUGGUCGCUAACUCUGCCGUGUGCAAUCUGUUCCUGGACGGAAACGACCUUGAGUGCGAGGGCGUGAUGGAGCUAAUUAAGAUGGUGGCCGACACGGCGGAGCGCGAGGCCUUCGAGCGGGCAGAGGAGGUCAGGAUGAAGGCGGAACUCGAGGCAGAGAAGGAACUGGAGGUACCAACUUGCCUGUUACUUUCAGCUGCAAAGAACAGCCGCGUGCGGACUGCGAUCUCCACCACCAGCUCGAAAAGUGAAGGGGAGGACGAAGGGGACGAGAAGGGGGAGGGGGGCAGCAAGAGCAAGAAGGGCAAGAAAGGGAAGAAGAAGAAAAAAGGAAAGAAAAAGAAGAAGGAGGUGGAGCCCCCCAAGGUGGGCCCGUGGUUGAAGAAGCUCCACCUAGCGGAGAACGGGCUCGAUGCAUUCGGGAAGGCGGGAAACUACGCGCCCGUCAUCUGUAUGAGACUCUUCAGGAAGUUGAUCACCAAUUCCAACUGCCUGGAGGAACUUGACCUUGGAGACAACCACAUUGGGGACCUUGGAGGUCGGGAACUUCUACAGGCCCUUCUGGACAGGAAGGAAGCCAAGCUGCCGACCUUGAGCCUAGGGGUGAGUCCCAUGAUGCACCAGGACACCUUCACCCUGCUGAUGAAGCACAGCGGCAGCCUCAAGAAGAAAGGGAAGAAGAAGAAGGGAAAAGGCAAGGGCAAGAAGAAAAAGAAGAAAUAAAGAAAAAAUGGAUGUUUUAAAGUUGGCCAAGUCCUGCCCGUGUAUUGGGUCCACAAACAUCUUCCCAGACAAUUUGAAUAUCUAGUGUUGAGGUUGAAAGUGCUGGAUAUUCACUGUGAUUGACCAAGUGUUACUCUCAGACCACUGAAUGCCAUCUGCAGAUCUUGUCUUCCAGAAAAAUAGUUAUUUUUUAAGAAUUGUUGAUUUGAUGAAAAGCAAAGCAAUCAUUCAGACAUAUUUCCUAAAGAGAUUGAGAGAAUCAUGGAGGUAAUGAUUUUAUCAUGUUGCCAAAAUAUGACUGCAGCACCAAAACAGGUGCUUGUAAACAACAUGACCUUUAGGGCUCAGUUUUGAUUCAGAGGUCAUAUGUUGUUUACACACAAAUUUGGUACAAUGUGAGGCAAGUCACAGUUCCUGAACCUGUGUGUCAGUAAACACAAACGACCUCUAAAGAGAGGUCAUCCCAGGCGGUCAUUGACCACAUCAUAGAACAUUAUGGAACAGCCCACUUGACAAUGUAGGGGGAAUAUGUUGUCAACAGAAAAUGUCAGAACCUUGUAUAUGACAUCAUACAAUUCCAUAAUGUGUUUUUACUACUAUCAAAGUAAUGUUAGAUUUAGAUCAUGAAGAGUUUUGAUUUAGUGUCAGACCAAAUUAUGCAGGUUAAUUUGUUGUUGAAGAUGAAAAUGAUUAAUGGUAAUCGUAACUCGAUCAAAUGAGUGAACAAUUUCUUUUUUUUUUUACAUCUCAGGUUUUUACUAGAACGUAAAACUCUCAACAUAUGAUUGAUAUUGAAGCAAUAAUAAGUAUGUGCGAUUGUUCAAGAGAUUAUAAUGUAACUUUCUAUGAAUAUA